UUAAAAUUAUUCGUAGAUAAGAAUAAUGAUAAUUUAUGGCAAAUAGACCCACCCAACAAUUAAAGAAAAUGGCUAUUAUUCUAAGUUUUUAGUCAUCAAUUCUAAUAAUACAAAGAAAUUCAUUUAUAAUCUUAGACAUAUCUAUUACAUCAUAAUGAUUCGGAAAUCUGAUCUUCAUUAGAUUACUAUAAGAAUGGUAACUUAGAGAUAGGACUUAACAAUAUGCGGUUGUGGGGCUGAAUCUGUGAACGAAGGUGACAGGGCUCCAGGCUCUAGGGUCCGAGUGACUCGGCAGUGAUGAAGAAGCAAAAUGUUCGCACGCUAUCGUUAAUUGUGUGCACAUUUACUUACCUGCUAGUCGGUGCGGCUGUUUUCGAUGCUUUGGAGUCGCCUACUGAGAAAAACAGAUUUGACGUCCUACAAGCGAUAGAGGGUAUGCUAAUAAGGAAAUAUAACUUCACCGAAGAAGACUUUAGAGUGAUGGAGAUGGUGGUACUCAAGUCUGAACCGCAUAAAGCUGGGCAACAGUGGAAGUUCACCGGUGCAUUUUAUUAUGCUACCACCGUGCUCACCACUAUUGGCUAUGGACACUCCACUCCUUCGACCAUUGGCGGCAAGCUGUUCACAAUGUUCUAUGCAAUCGUUGGCAUACCACUUGGUCUGAUUAUGUUCCAGAGUAUUGGUGAGAGAGUCAACAGACUUAGUAGUGUAAUAAUAAAAGCAUUAAAGCGUGCGUUGAACUGCAAACAAACGACCGCAUCAGAAGUAGACCUGAUCUGCGUGGUUACCACGCUUUCCUCAUUGACUAUAGCUGGUGGUGCGGCUGCAUUCUCCAAGUUUGAAGGAUGGAGUUACUUUGAUAGUGUAUACUACUGCUUUAUAACUCUUACUACUAUUGGUUUCGGUGACAUGGUGGCUCUACAAAAGGAUAACGCGUUGAACCGCAAGCCUUCGUAUGUGAUGUUCGCGUUGAUCUUCAUCCUGUUCGGUCUGGCGAUAGUGGCCGCCUGCCUCAACCUGCUCGUGCUGCGCUUCGUCACCAUGAACACUGAGGAUGAGAAGAGAGAUCAGCAGCAAGCGGAACAGGCGCAGCAAGUGGCGGUGCGUCUGGAGGGCGACGUGAUAACAGCGGACGGUGCGGUGCUGCGCGGAGUAGCGCGGGGCACACGUCUGCCCGCCGCACCGCACAGAGACAGACCUGGUGACACAUCAAUGAUACCGCUGUAUAUAGAUGAGGACUACGCCCCGAGCGUUUGCAGCUGUUCCUGUAACUGCUUUGCUCCUAAUAAAUCGAUACCAUAUAGAGAUCCCCUAUCACCAGUACCACCAACAAACAUCAAGCAAAUAAAAUCCAAAAACUACCGCGAGCUGGGCGGCUUACCGCGAUACAUAGAGAAAUCAUCUUCCAAGAACAGAUCUCAGACUCUUCGUCUAAACUCAGCAUCCGGAUAUCUUUAUAUGAACGCAAGAAAUGACUUUACAUUAGAUCCAGACGACUUUAGAGAAAUGGUCGCAAAGAGACGAGAACAAUUAAGACGAGGCGUUAUGAUGUAUGAAAUGAGAUGCAAUGAAGAACAAUAUCUAAAUCCUUACAGAAACAGUCUCAGCACCAGGAUGGAGACCAGCCCUCAUAGUUCUUCACUCUAUUCCAUGAAUAUAAGAUCAGAUAAUCGAAGCAACGAUCCUUUAGUCGAUGAUUACGAUUCCGAGAAAUCGAGUUACGCUAGAAAGAAAUUAAUGAAGAACAUAGCUCGGAAUACAAGGAACAAACGUGUAGAAAAUUAUUUCUACGAUGACGCUGUUCUACAUUUCGAUGACGAAUACGCAUUCGAUGGAUCGAUAUUAUUCGCGAAACGGAGAAAAUCUAUUGAAACGAAUUGGGACGAAUUUGCUUGUGUUAUGCCAAAAAAUCCGGCUUACGAGGACCAAAUCUCAAAUGACGGUAGUUGUGGAUAUUAUCUACCGGACGAUGAUCAACAGUACUUCGUAAAUGACACCCUUACCUUCAACAUGCCACCGCACAGAGCAAGUAUAUAAGUGCCAAAGACUUUGCCAAAUUAGUUUUAGUGUUAUUGAUACUAAAAUAAACGGGCCAAUUAAAUAUAAAUAUGUUAGGGAACUUACAAUUUUGCUGUAGUUUUGAAUAUUUUGAAAGUUAUAGCAUUUUUUUAAGGGUGGGUCUAAUGCUUCGCUUAUGUACAUGGUUUAGAUAAGGGAUGUGAGAAUUUUGAUCUUUAUUGGAGUUUCAUAUAUAUCAUAAAACAUGUGUUCAUAUGAACAUUAUUAUUUCUUACCUGUAUGUGUUAUAAAAUACGUCAAAAUGUAUUUCAACUUUUGUGCCAAAAAUGCAGUAAAAAUGCCAAAGAAUAUUUUAUAUCCUUAUUUGUUAAUUAUAUUUUAAGAUAUUAGUGCCAAAUUUUAAAUUUUGUUUCUUGUUAUGGUUGAAAACUCAUUUGGUAAACUUUAUCUCUAAGAGCAACAUGUUUUAUGUCGUUUUUUCGUUGGAGAUAAAAAAAAGUGAUCCAUUAGGGGUUCAAAUUUUUUCGCUCCGAAGUACGGAACCCUAAAAAUUGUUUGAGCUCAAAGCUUUGCAGUGGAACUGUUGAAUUUUUAUUGUGCAAAGUGUAACAAUUUUAUGUUAUUCCAUACUAACUUAAGUUUGGCGACAAAUUUUGUUGCACUAAAUAAAAAAAAACUAAUGUUAAUUUGUUAUAAUUAUGCCUCAAAGGACUGAUUUUAUGUUUUUAAAAUUCUAUUGACUAGUGCCAAAUUGUAAAAAAAAACGCGUUUACAAGGUCUGUUGCAUUUAUUAAACACAGGGUAAAAAUUCAAUCUCCGAUUAAUGAUCCCGUGGCAAUGAAGUUAGCUGCAUACUCGCUGAGUGAGCGAGAUGAACAUAUAAAUGAAAACAUACGUGUGACAGAGAAGACACGAUCAAUUGCGGUCUAACGCGACUAAGUUCAGACGAACACAUUUGUGACGCGUAUUAUAGUAAUUUUAAGGUUAUGUUAAAUCGACAUUAAAUAUUACAUUUAGUAGUGUAAGAUCUGUCUUGUGUUCUUUCUGGUAUGAUCUAUGUUGCCAUUUUAU